AUGGCGUGGAGCCUGCCCAACGCCGAGCGCUACGCCCUGCAGUACGUGGACGGGCGGCAGACCUACAUCACCGAGUCGAACCGUGGGGAGAUUAAGAACGGAAGCAUUUUACGGCUGACCACCUCCCCGGACCAAGAAGCAGAGAGGUUAUACAGCGGGAUCCAGAGCAACAACUCAGAUGUGAAGACUGACUCACUGAAGAAGCUUGCAAGCCUCUCCCAAGACGUUACCUUUGCUCAGGAGUUCAUCAACAGGAAUGGCUUGAAACAAAUCUUCCACAUUGUGGAAGAAGGGAAUGCCACAGGGGAGAUGUUAGCUCACACCCUGAAGGCCUUCAUGGAGCUGAUGGAGCAUGAUUUUGUUUCCUGGGAGACUCUCAGUGCAGCCUUCAUCAAGAAGAUAGUGAGUUACGUCAAUAUGAAUGCUGUGGACGCAUCUGUCCAGCAGCUCUCCUUGUCUAUCCUGGAGAACAUGGUGCCUACCAGCCGCCUCCUCUUUGAGCUAGUCAAAAAAGAAGUGACGCUGGAUCGUCUCCUCACCCACCUGCAGGUGACGAACGCCCAGCUGCAGCUGAAGGCGAUGGCCCUGCUCAUUGCGCUGCUGCUGGCAGCGACCGACGCCGAGCGGCAGGACAUGAUGGACUACUUGAGGCAGAAGAACAUCAGGCAGUUCAUCCACAAGAACAUCAUCCACAGCUCGGAGCCGCUGGGGGACGAGAUGGCCCAUUACCUGUACGUGCUGCAGUCCGUCAGCCUCAACCUCUGCGAGCGCCGCAUGAGGACUCCCAUGGACCCCUACUCACAGGAACAGCGGGAGCUCCUCCAGUCUCUGCGCCAAACUGCCUUCGAGUCGGAGAGCGAGGUGCCUGCCAGCAGCUUCAGCACGGAGCGCCGGCGAUCCCUGUGCGCCAAGGAGUUCCGCAAGCUGGGCUUCGUGAACAACAGCAACCCAGCAGAGGACCUGCGCCGCGCCCCACCGGGGCUCCUUGCCCUCGACAACAUGCUGUACUUCUCCAGGCACACCCCCAACGCCUACAGCAGGUUUGUCCUCGAGAACAGCAGCCGGGAAGACAAACACGAGUGCCCCUUCGCUCGAAGCAGCAUCCAGCUCACCCUGAUCCUCUGCGAGAUCCUGCACGUUGGAGAGCCGUGCUCGGAGACGGCUCAGGCCUUUUACCCUAUGUUCUUCGGGCAGGAUCAUUUCUUUGAAGAGCUUUUCUGCAUCUGCAUCCAGCUGGUGAACAAGACCUGGAAGGAGAUGCGUGCUACGCAGGAGGACUUUGCCAAGGUGCUGCAGGUGGUGCGGGAGCAGAUCACCAGGACCCUGGCCCUCAAGCCCACCUCUCUGGAACUAUUCAAGACCAGAGUGAACGCGCUGAACUACAGCGAGAUCCUGAAGCUGCGGCAGACGGAGCGGCUGCACCAGGAGGAGACGCUGGCUGUGCCCGUGCUGUGGGCAUUGCCCCGCUGCCUGGCUGCUCCUCGCCUGGCCCAGUGCCCGCUGGUCCCGUGGGACUGGGAGCUGUGGGAGUUCAGGCAGGGGCAUGUUCCCGUGGCGGACAUGAAGAUGCUGCUCGUGGGGAAGGAGUGUCCGCACAUGAAGGAGAAGAGCUCCGGGAAGCAGAACAAGCCCGACCCCCCCCCGCCCGUCCCAAAGCCCCCCAGCAACUUAAACUUCUGCUAUGACUUCAGCCACGCAGAGCAGUGA